GACUGUAUUUUUUAAUCGAGUUUAUACAGGUUUGCACAUAAUUAGAAAGAAAUAACAUUUAUCCAACAUCUGUUUUAUACAUAUCUAAUUCUUUGAUUAAAACAUAUAGUUAUUUCGAUGAAUGUUAGUAUAUUUGCUAUUUAAGUUAACUGUAUAUACGUUAACCGACACAUCAAGCAAAAUAAAGAUGAGGCGCUUAAUUAUAUAUAAAUUUGAGUGAUAUAAGGAUAGUAAUUUAUGAAAUCGUAUACUACCCCAUUUUAUUAAUGAAUGUAACCGCCGUUUUAUUAUCAAUGUGAAGUAAAGUACACAAAUUCUUAUCUUAUUUCUAAAAUUAAGUAAUUGGAAUCGUUACUCAUUUAAAUCUAUUAGUUUUUACGGUUUCCUAAAAAAAUAUAGAUAUACAUACGACUUAAGUAUUGAUAAGAUAAAUAAAUAUCAAAUAUCCCGAUAUCGAUAACAAAUACGGUGCAUUCGCAACUAAUUGCCCAAAAAUAGGUAGAUAGGAUUAAAAGUAUCAUAAUGAACGAAAUAACAAAAAAUUAUUUAGAAGAUGGAGAGUAUUUUUUUGAAAAAAAUCGUCACAUGUGUACUGGAUUUGAUCCAAGAAAGAUUUAUUUGUUAGGCGAAAAGUAUUCUGGAUUAAAACCAAGAGGUGCUUUACAAAAAUUUGAUGACAUCAGGGAUAAUUUUCUUGCAAAAAAUGCAUUAUUUGAGGAUCCACAAUUUACACCAGAAAAAAUCGAUCUAGGAGAUGAUUGGGAAAAAGAAAGAAGUAAAAUUGAAUGGCUAAGGCCCAAGAACAUCGUAUCAAACCCUUGCUUUCUUGAUGACGCCGAAGAUAGAUUUGAUAUUAACCAAGGAGGUCUUGGAGAUUGUUGGUUUCUAGCAGCUCUAGCAGAAAUUACGCAAAAUCGUAAACUAUUGACAUUAAUUGUACCGGAAGAUCAAAGCUUUUCUGAUAAAUAUGCUGGAGUUUUUCAUUUUAGAUUUUGGCAAUAUGGAAGAUGGAUUGAUAUUGUAAUAGAUGACCGAUUACCUACAAUUAACGGUCAGUUGAUAUUUGACAGGUCUAAUUGCAAAAAUGUUUUUUGGACACCUUUAUUGGAAAAGGCGUAUGCUAAAUUAUAUGGAUCUUACAAAAAUAUAGAAAGUGGUUUAAUUUCUGAAGCAUUGGAAGAUUUUACAGGUGGUUUAAAUGAAGUAUACCAGGAAUUACUUGAAACCAGUAAAGUACUCAACUUUUAUGAAAUGAUGUUGGUUUCUUACGAAAGAAAAUCAUUUAUGGGAUGCGGAAUAACGGAUUUAGGAGGACUCGAGGAGGAAAGAAAAGAUGGUCUAUAUUCAAGACAUGCAUACAGUAUUACUGAAGUUAGGAAAGUUACCUGUAAGCUUGGGAAUAUUUACAAAUUGCUAAGACUUAGAAAUCCAUGGGGUCAUGGAGAAUGGAACGGAGAUUGGAGUGAUAAAUCCACAAAAUGGGAUCUUCUUCCAGACGAAACGAAAGAACAACUUUUGAAAAGAAUAGACAAUGGUGAAUUUUGGAUGCAAUUUGAAGACUUCAUCGAGGCUUACAACCUUCUGGAAUUUUGUCAUCCCAAUCCUGAUUCAGUUGCAUAUGCUAAAGAUGAGGUUAACCAAUGGAAAAGUUUCAUGCUGGAUGGUUCUUGGGUUGCAAAAGUCAGUAAUGGAGGAUUACCAACAUGUAGAAAUUUUUACUUGAAUUCACAAUACUUACUAACGAUAAAUGAAAAAAACGAUAUUAAACAAAAAGUUGUGAUUGGAUUGAUGCAAAAAAAUAGGAGGAUUUAUAAUAUUUCAGAAUUACCAUUAGGAUUUGCAAUAUAUACGUUACAAGCUGCUGCUAACGGUCCGCUGUCUCCCAAUUACUUUUCUUCAAUCAAACCAACAUAUGUUAGUAAAGUGGAGAUCAACAAGCAAGUAACAGGUCAUGUGGAGUUACCAAAUGGGACAUACUGUAUAAUACCGUUUACGGAAGAUACUAAAUCAAGCUGCGAAUAUUUGCUGAGGAUAUAUUCCAGCGUUGAUUUUAAUGUCAAUGAGAAUGAUGUAGAAGUUAAAUUGAUUGAUGCUUCAGGAUUUGUAGGGUUUGGAGCAGGUUCUGAUACUGUUGAUAGUGCUUCAGCAGAUAAAGCAAUUAAGGAGGUAUUUGCAGGAAUUGCAGGAACAGAUACUGAGUUGGGAUGGAAGAGUUUAAAAUCAGUUUUGGAUCUUAUUUUUAAGCAAGAAAAUCACGAAUUAUCUAAAGAACUUUGUCGCAGUAUGGUCGCUCUUGCAGAUAAUGACUAUUCUGGAAAACUCAAUUUUAAUGAAUUUUACCAGCUUUGGGAACAAAUAGGAAAUCUUAGGGGUAUUUUCAGAAAUUAUGAUUCGGACACGUCCAAUGGAAUGCGUGCUAGUGAAUUACGAUCAGCAUUGAAAGCAGCCAAUCUUCAAGUCAGUAACAAAAUUUUAAGGAUGAUCGUCUUAAGAUUUUCUAACGAAAACGGAGAAUUGGAUAUGGAAGAUUUUUUGCAUUGCUGUAUUAAGUUAAAAAUGAUGAUAGAUAUUUAUCAUAACUCACGGACAAAACCUGAAAUUACUCUAGAAAAAUGGUUGCUAGAAACUAUUUAUACUUAACAUUUUAACAUAGGUACUACCAUUCAUACUUAUAAUAAAAUUAUGUUUGUAUA